CAUAGGCUUAUUCACAAUCCAGCUGCACUACAGGACACAACUUCUGGCAAGUCUCCCAAAAAUUGUUUUGACUAAGGAUUUUAAUACAUUUUUGGUAGUGUAGUCAUUUUAUCCAGUUUUAGAAAAUGGCUGAUGGCUAUAGGCAAUUCAGGAAAAGGGUUGUGGCAUUCGCCGAUGAUUUGAGGGACGGUGAAAUUUCUGAGACCCUUGGAACGGAUCCAGAAGCCGAGCAGUUCGAUGAUGGCUACGAUGAGGACCUGAUGGGCGAUGCCGAGGAUAGGGCACGAUUGCAAAGUUUCAGGCGGGAGGACAUGAAGCGCAAGCUUAACAUCCGAAAUCAGCUGGCCAGGAGUCGGUUGUCAUCCCAGCAGCAGGAGGACUCCGGACAAAAGGAGCGUUCGCAGACCAGGCGGCAGAACUUGGAUGACCAGCGGGCUGGAGACAAGAAGACCUAUGCCUUCGGACGCUUGAAGGCAGUGCGGAGCCAGAAGCUGGCCAAGGACAAGAGUCUGAAGGCCGCGGACAUAUACUCCGAUGACUCGUCGAGCAGCAGUGGGGAAGAGAGCGUUUCCCGGUCUGUUUCGCAGCCGGCACGCACGGAUCAGCCACAAGUGACCACCAGGGAGCAGUUGAGCCAGGCGAUGCUGGCUCGACACCAACUGGAGAGCUUUCUGGACAAGCCCGUCUUCGAGCAGACUGUGGUGGAAUGCUUUGUGCGGGUCAAUGUGGGCCACGGAUCCGCGAACUGUGUGUACCAGGUUGUGGGCCUGUACCGGGACAGUGAGGACUACCUGCUGGGCAGCAAGCGGACCAACCUCGUCCUGAGCUUGAAGCAUGGCGCUCAGAAGCGCUAUUCCCGGAUGGACGUGGUCUCCAACCAGCCGAUUACCCACGAGGAGUUCUGUCGCUGGAAUGCACCCUUCUACAGAGAUGAUGUCGACUGCACAGAAUGGGUCAAGCCAACUCUUCUCGAGAUCGCCAGGAAGCAGUUGGAAAUCCAAAGGGCCGCCGAAUAUUCAUUCACCGAGGAUGAUGUAGACAAGCUGGUACAAAGUAAGAGGACAGGUGGUCAGAGGCAGAGGGCUGCUCACCAAAAGAUCUACUUGCUUAUGGAAACUACAAAGGCCGCGGCACUGGAAGAUCCCGAAAAAGUUAAAAGGCUAGAGAGAAAAAUCCAGCAGAUAGACGAGCGGCAGGUCGAAGCAUCUCGCGACCACCGCGUCCAAGUCCCCAAAACCCUUGUGCCCAGUAUUUGCCGACCCGAUUUGAACGCCUCUUCCGGGACCAAGCGAUCCCUUGCUGAUAGGCAGCCCACUUCGGAGGAGUUCGAACUGGAGCAGUGUAUGCGACGCAAAUACAAGAAGAGUGCUGUGGUCAGUCGCAGUCGAGUGCAAGCCGAAACUGCAGAUUUGGAAGAGGUUGCCGAGAUUCCCGAGACCCCAUUGGCUCCCAGCGAAAGUUCCGAGGUGUCGGAGGUGCCGCAACUGGAUUUGUAUGCACUGCACAACUUUAAAGCUGUCAUCAAUACCUCAGGAUUAAUUCCCUUCACCUCAAUCUUCCCAAAUGUCAAGUUCAACAGCGAUUGGAAAACAUAAAAAAACGGAUUUUGAAUUACAAUUGAAUUCAUUCAUUUUAUUUAUACUUUAUAUAUCAUUAGAAUUAAUUAACUAAUAGAUCAGGUUAAACUAACUACC